GCUAAACAAACGGGACGCUCGGCUUUUUUUUUGACUAGCGAGGAGAAUGGCUUAGCUGGAUCCGGUGAAUUUAUCUGACUGUACCAGACCGUCAUGCUGAUUGACUGUGUGCUGAAUUUUUGACCAAACAAUCUGGCAGAGUUAAACAGAUAUAUAUGAAAGAAUGAGGGAGAAAAUGACUGGAAGAAACCAAUAUAAUGGCUUCCAGUCAGCAACGGCAAUGCAGCCUGCGACUGGGGGUCACACUUACAUCUUCGGGAACAAUUCGGAGACAGAGUGCUCUGAGGAGGAUGCAGAGAGCAAUGAGCUCCGCUCCAGAGGCAGGGAGAGGCUCCGGCGCAGUACCUCCAGAGAGCGAAAGGAUGACAUUGUCUACGUGAUGAGGGAUGUUAAGGAGGGGGACACUUUGAUUAGCAUUUCACUUCGGUAUUUCUGCUCUGUCGCUGAUCUAAAGAGAGCCAAUAAUCUUCUGACAGAGCAGGAUUUCUUCGCCUUGAGGUCUAUUAAAAUCCCUGUGAAGAAAUUUAGCUUGUUCACAGAAACACACAGCACGGCUCCCCAGAAAACAAGCUCACCCAGCGGUGUCCGCAGAGUCCUGGAGAACCCCCCGAGCACAGGUUCCGCUGACUCCUCCCCCUCAUCUUCCUCCUCCACUGACAGUGUGGAGUGCUUCCUGCAGGAAAAGGACAAGGACAUUGAACUUUUGGUCAAAUACUCCAGCCCAUCCAGAAGCAGUCUCAGCGAGGUGGUGUCCUCAUUGAACUCCCAGCCACCUAUUCAGGGAGAGGCAGAGCGCAGGUCUGCCGUGAGGAAGGACCCAUACUAUGGAGCGGACUGGGGUAUGAGGUGGUGGACUGCGGUAGCCAUUAUGCUCGUUGUGGGCAUCGUCACACCGGUGUUCUACCUGCUGUACUACGAGGUGCUAAUGAAAGCAGAUGUUAGUCACCACACUACCACAGAAUCCAUAAGGCCUGAUUCUACAGUCUUAAACAAUGGUGGUGUUAUUUUAAAAGCUAAGGCUGUUCCUCAUCCUGAGUCCUCCAUGCAUCCAGCUACUGAACAUCAAGCAUCUGUUCGGAUACAGGAACAACGAACAUAAAGGGGUGACAUGGACCAGCAAGUCAGUUUAAGGAUUUUUCUAAGGACUUAACAAAACCACUUUUGUAAUGUUAAAAAUUUGACCUUAAAAGGACAUGUUCAAUAUUUUUGAACCGUUUAAUUAUGGAUGAAGAAUUGUUUGAUGUGUGCUACUUGCAGAUAUAAUGAACUUUUAUAAGCUUUUGGAGAAGAUUAAACAUGUAUCCUCAGUAAAAUAUAUGGAUGCACAAUAAUGCCAUUGCGGCACUGGCUUAUAAUUUUAACAUUACAGUUUCCUGUUAAGAUUUAACUGAUUACUCUAUCAGUUAUGGUACAGCUGACUGAUUUAAUUGGUCUAGACAUUUCUCAUCAGUUCUUAAAUGCAAUGUUCUGGGGGGGGGCUGCAGAUAUGGUGAUUUAAAUUAUCACUGUUUUUUAGGCCUGGCCUGUUGUGUCUGGUUUAAAAACUAUUGAAUUCAUAUUUGAAAUUACUACAUGCUCUGUGAAACUUGAGUCUCAAGCUGCCAUGCCAUAACUGCACUUAACUGGGCAUUAAUAGGGCCAUUAGAACUGUUCUGGCACCAAGUAUGAACUAGCUCAAUCUGUCCAUUCCUUUAAUUAAAUUCUGUCAUGAGUUUUGCACAGUUUUUGCCCCAUGUGUGCCGAAAACUGUAUUACACGUAAUGUUUGGCUCAGUGCUAAGCAUAACUGUGUAUUCAGAACGCCACAGGGAUAAUUGAUGUCUCCUUUGUCAGGGAUACAUACAUUAAUUUAUUAUAGGAAAUGGUAAAAAUAGCAAACAGUAUUGAUGGAGGUUUUGCUUACUUUGUUUUAAUAUUGCUUGAAAAGGUCUGUUUGCCAACUACAGUGCUGAAAUCUUUAACUCUUGACAAACAUGUGAGCAAGUUGUAGUUUAUUUUCCAUGACCAUUGAAUUUGAGCGGUAUGUGCCUUCGGCCUGUAGUACGUAAUUGCAGGUUGAAAAUAAAUGAAUUAUAUUUUA